AUGAGCGACAGUGACGAGAUCCUGAGCGGGACGGACGAUGACGAUAUCCUCAAUGCCAUCAUGAAAGGGCUGGCAAAGCCGAGGAAACCGCCUACGCCUGCUCCAGCAACAACAUCAACAGCCACGGCGGACUCUGACGACGAAGUCAGUAUACCUACGGUGUUCUUGACCCAGGGCGCUAAGAACACUAGUUUGUUGAAGAAGGCAAACGAGAUCAGCCAGCAUAUCAAGGAGGAACAGGAGAAGACGACAAGGCAGUUGGAGGAGCUUGGACGACUCAAGAGGGAGAUUCUCGAGGAACUCAACGAUAACGGCUCGGCAUUGACAUAUACGUAUAAGUCUGCAAACGACGUGAUUGAAGAGUAUAUCCAGCAUUACUAUGCUAACCAUUACUCGCUACGAGCACACCGGCACUUCUACUUCUUUGGAGAUGUGUAUAGGGUGGAAUUGGGUGAUGUUCUGGAUGAAAAGGGGACGUUGAUUGACCUGAUGGGCUUGAGCAUGGACGAGUCGCUCUUUCCGGCUUACAAUAGGGCAUUGGCUGGAAGGGGUGUUACUAAGGAAGAUGUGGCUUUCUGGUGUAUUGGAAAAUGCCUAGAUGAGACACUUCUCGAGGAUUACCUACGCUUUUUGCAGCAGUAUAAGCCUGAAGAUGAUGGUAAGCCGGUUAUGGGGAUUGAAGAGGCCCUAGAAAAGGUCAGCGGGACGAAACCAGCGUAUAAGAUGCCCCUUAAGAUCAGACACUUUAACAAUAACGUUCGUCUAUCGAUCCUUCGAGCUUCAAUGCUUUUCCUCGCAUAUUCACCGUCCACAGACAGAGUUCCAUAUAUUCUCUGCUUCUUCCUUGCAUCCUCCGACUUCUACGCCAAUAAGCAUUGCAGAGACUCACUCAUAGAGUUCCUUAUGAAGCCUACUUUCUCGAAGAUAGCAGCGGAAGACUCAUCAAAGGCUAUUUACGAUACCUUCCUUGCAUUGAAGCCCCAUUACUACGGCAAAGAACCAGAUGAAAACUACCAAAAACAUUACGAGCUUAUUUUUAAUUUCUUGAGCAACCUCCAUUCAGCAUUCAAGCACACCCUGGGCCUGGAAAAUGCCACUUUGGUGCUGCUUCUGAGAAGUUUCCUUCUUGACGACUUCCACCCCUCCACUUCCCCCUUUUCCAUUGAUGAAAUCACCAGUAUCCUCAACGACUCCCUCCCACGGCUGCCCACGACGGUCGCCCAGCAUUCAACCUUGGCUAACCCCAUCUACAAAUACGUCUUCAAGACCAGAAUCUGUACGCGGCUUCUCACCGAGAUGCUCUAUUCAGACCUCGACAAAAAGCCAUUCUUGACCCUCCACAUCCAACUCCAGUCCCUCAAAGACCGUCUCCAGCAAGAUAUGAGCCACUGGCUUUUCCUUAGCAAUGACAUUCCAUACAAAGCAGAUGUCUCAGCUGGACUAAGUGAGGCAUACCAUGCAUUAGACCAUUUCAGCACGGUUUUAAAUAAAAACCUCCUGCUCAUACAAAAAGACAUAUUCUACGAGGACCCAUAA